UUGACUGGCCCCCUACAAAGGCAGAACCAGAUGAAUUCAUAAGCACAUUUGAAGCAAUACCCAAUUGGAGACGUUGAUGCGGUUUUGAUUGGGGGCCCUUGGGAUGAAGGAUUGGUGCGUGUGAAGCACUGGUUGAAGAAGCAUGGGGCAGUAAGUGAAAUGAAAAUGCAGUUGCAUUAAAGCUAAUUGGGUUUUGUACUAAACAGAGAAUAGUAAUAGUGUGUCUGGGGUUAGGAGCAAGAGAACGUGCAGUAUUUGAAGGGCACAUAGAUCUGGAUUUGGAUCCACUCAAGCCUCCUAACUCCCCCACACUCUUCUUCUCACUGUCACUCCGGCCACCUUUGUUUUUUGCUUUUUUUAUAAAUUCAAGAAGAGAGAGAGAAGAGUGAAUAAGAGAGGCUAGGGACGGCGAAAGUUCUUAGCUUUGACUGCCCACUCUUUGCAUAGCGCCCAGAAUACACAGCAGCUGCUGCAACAAUUGAUGGUUCCUCAGCCAUAGUUCUGCUUUGACAGAAGACGGUGGUUUCUCUAUUAUGGUAAAAAAAAAUUCCAAGUUAAAGGAAAGGAACCAGCUGAGGCUAAAGGGGUUCUAUAUCUUUAUAUCUCUCUCUCAUUUUGGAUUAGAAAAGAAAAAGGAGACACUGCAGUACUAUUCACUCAUCAAAGAGGAAGUCUGGUAGGUAGGGUUUGUUUGUUGAAAAAGAAGUUUUGCUUGUAAAGAGAGACCUUACUUACUAUAACCCUUAGCUCCUCACUCACUCUCAUAAAUCCAGAAACUUGAACUUAGCCACAGAGCAUUUGAAAAUGGAGUGGUUGGUGUGAAAAUCUACUCCCAACCCAUCAUCUAACCAUGGACGGUUACGAAGCAACAAGAAUUGUUUUCUCAAGAAUCCAAAACUUGGACCCUGAAAAUGCCUCUAAAAUCAUGGGUCUACUUCUUAUUCAAGAUCAUGGCGAGAAAGAAAUGAUUAGAUUAGCUUUUGGUCCUGAAACUCUUGUCCACUCAGUCAUACUUAAAGCCAGGAAAGAGCUUGGUCUUCCCUCAAACUCUCCGAACUCACCUUCAACUCCAUCGACUCCUUCUCCUUUUAUGGCCAGCAACCCAGUUAACAUUUCAAGACAAAACUCUUCUUCUUCUUCUUCUUCUCGCCUUCUAGGAAACACCCUCCCACCUCUCACCAUACCAAACCCUGCUUCUUCUUCCUCUUCAGGUGUUGCUUCUUCUUGGAGUACUCUAUCUUCUCAUGAUCUUCACAACCCUGAUGACUUAAUUACUCCGAACACUAGUAGUAAAAUGAAUUCCUCAGCUUUACCUUUCUAUGCUAAUGGAGGAGGCUCCAAGGAUAUCAUCGAUGAAAUUCAACUCCAAGACCAACUUUUAUUUCUCAGUGAUAACUCAUCAAAUCUUCGUAACAAAAACCAAGACUUGUUUUACCCACAACUGGACUUGGCAUCUAGCCCACCAAACGGUGACUCAAUGCUUUUCCCUUCUUACUGGGGAGGCAGCUCAGUUCAUAGAAGGAGCUGUUCAGUCAGUGAAGUGUUGGGGUCAGCUGAGGAUCUAAACUCAGGUUUUGGAUGGAGGCCAUGUUUGUAUUACGCUAGGGGGUUCUGCAAGAAUGGUAGUAGUUGCAGAUUUAUUCAUGGAGAUUCAAGUGGUGCUAUGAUGAGUUCAGAUGCUGCACCGUUAGUAGGUUCACCUAGCAAGAUUGAGACCAUGGACCAGUGCCAUGAGAUUCUUAGAUCUAAAUCAGCUGCUCAAGUUCAGCAACAAAGACUAGCUGCUGCUUCACAGCUCAUGGGUGGUACUUUUCCUUACUCUCCAAAAAGCGUGAACCUGUUUCUUCAGCAGCAACAAACUGAUACCCAGAGGGCUGCGGCUGCUUUGAUGAUGAAUGAAGAUAUGCACAAAUUUGGCCGAUCUCGGCUUGAAAGGAGCGAGUUUUCGAUGAACGGUGGUUCUAGUAUGGUGAACCCAGCAUCAAGACAGAUCUACUUAACUUUUCCAGCUGAUAGCACAUUUAGAGAGGAAGAUGUCUCAAAUUACUUCAGCUCUUAUGGGCCGGUGCAAGAUGUGAGGAUUCCAUACCAGCAGAAGAGGAUGUUUGGGUUUGUUACUUUUGUUCAUCCAGAGACUGUGAAGAUUAUUCUUGCCAAAGGGAACCCUCAUUUUGUUUGUGAUGCACGGGUGCUUGUUAAGCCAUACAAGGAGAAAGGCAAAGUUCCAGACAAGUACAGGAAGCAACAGCAGCAAGUUGAGAGAGGAGAGUUCUCUCCAUGUGGUACUCCAACUGGCCUUGAUUCAAGGGACCCUUUCGAUCUUGGAGCAAGAAUUUUCUAUCAUAACACUCCGGACAUGCUAUGGAGGAGGAAAAUGGAAGAGCAAGCUGAUUUGCAGCAAGCCCUUGAGCUUCAAAGUAGAAGAUUAAUGGGCCUGCAACUUCUUGACAUUAAGAAUAAGCAUCACCAUCACAGGGCUCUUUCCACUGGCAGUCCUAUUCCAUCCCCAACUCAUUCUCCAAAUCUUUUCCAUCAAAGCCUUGUUUUUCCUCCAUUCCAGAUCAGCAGCUCAGAACUUCACCAAGAAAGUGGUUCAAGCCCUUCGCCAACUAUUUCUGUGAACCCUUUAUCUGAGAACCAAGCAACAAAUGGUACCAUUGGCAAAGAAAUGGCCAGCAAUGAAGAGAACGGUAGCGGAAAGGACAGCUCCAACAGUGAAGAUGGUGAUUUGCUUGAAAGUUUGGAGCACAAUCUCCCUGAUAGUCCCUUUGCAUCUCCAACCAAAGCCCGCUCAGAAUACUUAUCAGCUUUCUCCAAUGUUGCCAAUGGAGCUGAAAAGGAUGAUUCAUCCUCUUCUAACAAUAAUUUGGCCACUUCAAACUUAAUUCCUGCUAAUGGUUCGCUAGACAUGGCAUCUUUCAAAUCUUUUAACUGUCAAAUGCCAAGGUUUUCAUCUGGCCAUGGAGCCAUAGGCAUGUAUACUGGGUCUGGGGGCCCUACUUGCCCGGUUGGAAUUUAGCUCCGUCUGCUUAGGAAGAUUCAGGAUUAGAACCGAACAAACUACUUACAUCAGAGAUCUGUAGAGAACCAUUAUCACCUCUAUAAUCACAAAUCAUCAUCACUAUCUGUUGAUACAAUACUACUUACUACCAUACAAAAUGCAUACGUAAAAGGCUGUGAAGGAAGUGGGUCAGCCAUUCCUUUCUCUUUUGUUUCAUUUUUGUCUUUCAAUUCAGUAGUUGAAAAGUUGGAUCACAGUUAAAGUAAAAAAAGAAAGAAGCAUAGAAAAGAUCCCAUCACAGUCAAUUUGUAGUUGUAACUUUUUUUUGCCCCCCUUGGGCACUGUUUUCCCUAUAAGGAACAGAGAAAGAACCCUUUAUUCAGAUUUUAGUGUGUUAGCUUGUUUUUGGAGGUAUAAUUAAUCUUUUGUACAGAGGAAGCAGAAGCCACAAGCAGAAUCCAAAGGUAAAAGCCCAGUAUAACUAUAAAGCCUGUUUUCUACCCGUGAAGGGUAAUAUUUUCUGUGUUGGCUUUGAUGGGAAAGGAAACGAAAGGAAAAUUGUCCAUUCCAGUUCAUAUGUAUAAGAAAAAGUAGAUGAAUCCACUAUUAUUAUUA